ACUCCGGAUUCGCUGUGUUGGCCUUCAAUCCAAAAAUGGAAUGCCCUCAAUACAUCCAUCUCAGGGACCUUGAUUCGCAAUCAUCCGCUGGCUGUUUCGUGCUAUCCCGGAAUUUACCAGGACCCGAGAGAAUGCGCCAACAAAUUUUCCCAGUGGUCAAACUCCACUUUUCAAGAGUUCUCCCCCGUUGGGUAUUCCUAUCCAACUCAUGACUCUUGCCCUCCUGUUGAUUUGCGCUCGGGGCAAGCACCGGGCACGUGUGAGCUAGGACCAGCCCCAGUCUACACAAUCAACGCAACAGAGCCUGAGCAUGUUGCUGCCGGGAUUGCAUUCGCACAAAGUAACAACAUUCGUCUAGUGAUAAGAAAUACUGGCCAUGACAUCUUGGGAAAAUCUCAAGGUUACGGUUCACUUCAGGUCUGGAUCAAGCACAUACAAAAAGGAAUUUUCUUCCAAGAACAUUAUAUCCCUUCCGAUGGAUGCACCAGCAAAGGAUGGAAGGGUGGUGCUAUGACUAUCGGUGGAGGGUACGUUUGGGAAGAUAUCUACAAGCUCGCCUUCGAACGUAACUUGACCGUCGUUGGUGGUGGUGACCCGACUGUUGGCUGCAUUGGUGGUUACACCCAGGGUGGUGGUCACUCGCCUGCCAGUCACGACUAUGGUCUCGCGGCGGAUCAAGUUCUGGAGGCCCAAGUUGUGCUUGCCAAUGGUCGGAUUGUGACGGCUAACUCCUGUCACUAUUCCGACCUCUAUUUUGCUAUCCGCGGGGGCGGCGGCGGUACCUACGGCGUUGUCACCUCCAUGACAGUCAAAGUGUAUCCAAGCAAACCUGUUGUGGCGCAAUCUCUCACAAUCGUCCCGUUAAGUGAAGACGGUCAAUCACUUUUGGAUGCUAUUACCGAGAUCUACCAAGAAUACCCAAAUAUCAUGGAUGCGGGCUUUUCAGGGUACGGUGCUUGGUCUAUUAACAGCCCCUCGCCUCUCUUCGCUGAUCAGGAUAUUGGCUAUUUCCACACUGCUGCGGCUAUGAACCAGUCACUCACUGAUGCCCACAAAGCAUUUGAACCGCUUCUUUACGUUUUGGAGAAGUACAAUGGUACUUCACUGCAUAUUUCGAUAAGUUGGUUCGAAUUUCAGACAUAUGGGGCAUAUUAUCAAGCAAUGUCUGGUGUGCGUCAACCGGUAGGUUCGAUGAACGGGGCUAUGUCGUCACGAAUGCUUGACAAAUCUGCUUUGACGAAUGACCCGUGUUCUCUGCGGGCUAUGAUAAAAGUCAUCGCCGGGGAGGUUAAUGAGCAGACAGUCAACAACGUGGAGCUUGUUGGUGGCGGUAAGGUUUUAACCGAUGGAGGCGACAGAUACUCUGGCGUCAAUCCUGCUUGGCGGUCUACCUACAUUGUCAAUAUCGUAGCCCGGCAAUGCGCCGACUCUACCUCUUCCAAAGCUAUCAGGGACGAUAUAACGUACAAUAAAGGCGGGGCUAUGAUGAAGCUGACGCCACAUUUAGGUGGUUACAUGAAUGAGGGAAAUCGAUAUGAUCCUCUGUGGACAACGAACUUCUAUGGCACAAACUACGUACCACUCACCAUUAUCAAGAAAAAGUACGACCCUAUCGGCGUCUUUUACUGCCCAACUUGUGUAGGCAGUCCGGAGUGGUACCAGAAGUAUUUGGAUGGAAAACAGUACGGUCCACUUUGUCCCACUGGGCUAUGA